AUGUCUUUUAGUGGAACCCAGGACAAAUGCAAGGAAUGCGAGAAGACUGUCCACUUCAUCGAUCUCUUGACCGCCGACGGUGUUACUUAUCACAAAGCCUGCUUCAAAUGCAGUCACUGCAAGGGCACUCUCUCGAUGUGCAACUACUCUUCCAUGGACGGUGUCCUCUACUGUAAGCCUCACUUCGAGCAGCUCUUCAAGGAAACAGGGACCUUCACCAAAAAGUUCCCAGCGGGUGCAAAGUCGAGCGAACAGCAGCCUAAGGCACCACCAAGCAAGAUCUCUUCCGCAUUCUGUGGAACCCAAGACAAAUGUGCAGCCUGCAAGAAGACAGCGUACCCCUUGGAAAAGCUGACGAUGGAAGGGGAGUCGUACCACAAGACGUGCUUCAAGUGCUCAGUGGGCGGUUGCGUGCUGACGCCUUCUUCCUAUGCUGCCCUGGAUGGCAUCCUCUACUGCAAGCAUCACUUCGCGCAGUUGUUCAUGGAGAAGGGAAGCUACAACCACGUCAUCCAGGCGGCCAUCGAGAAGCAGAAUAUCAACGACAACCAGCCACAGCUGGAGGAUGACACCGCUGCCUGCCAAGCUGACGAGGAUUCCGGUGAGGCCAACCAUGAGGAGCAUGCGAGGGAGCAGGAGGGGCAAAUAUAA